GCAGCAAACUUAUAUUAUCAAAAUUGAGGGAUAUUGAAGCAUAAAACGGAGGAUUUUCGAUACGGGUCGAUUUUGCCGCUGAGAAAUGAUUAUAUUCAAGAAAAAGGCGAUAUUAAAAGUUCUCCUCUUGGUUCCAGUUUUUUGGAUUUGCUCGUUGAUUUUUUUCGCAGCAACCAGCAAUGAUAGUAGCCAGAUCGGAUCAAAUAACGAUCUCGCGAAUAAAAUUGCGGAGGCGAAUUUCCACCCGAAAGCCGCGAAACAAGACGUAAUUCAAGGAUUUGGGCCGCCGAUUGAGCCGGAACCUGUCGUAGAGAAUAAUAAAGUGGAAGAAGAAGAGCAACCCGGCGGGAACUUGGCCAAACCAAAAUUUAUGGUCGAUCCGAACGAUCCGAUUUAUAAAAAAGGAGACGCAGCGCAAGCCGGAGAGCUUGGAAAGGCAGUUGUCGUCGAUAAAACUAAACUAUCGACCGAAGAAAAGGCAAAAUACGACAAGGGAAUGCUCAACAACGCUUUUAAUCAAUACGCAUCUGAUAUGAUAUCAGUACAUCGAACUUUGCCAACUAAUAUUGAUGCUGAAUGUAAAACCGAAAAAUACAAUGAAAAUCUGCCGCGAACGUCUGUAAUCAUCUGUUUCCACAAUGAAGCAUGGUCAGUGCUUCUCAGAACAGUACACUCGGUUCUUGAACGUACUCCCGAUCAUUUACUGGAAGAAGUUGUGCUGGUUGAUGAUUUUUCGGAUAUGGAUCACACGAAACGUCCGUUGGAAGAAUACAUGUCACAGUUUGGUGGAAAAGUCAAGAUUUUGAGAAUGGAGAAGCGUGAGGGAUUGAUUCGAGCAAGACUUCGUGGAGCUGCCGUCGCUACUGGAGAAGUGUUGACUUAUUUGGAUUCACAUUGCGAGUGCAUGGAAGGAUGGAUGGAGCCUCUACUCGACCGAAUAAAACGUGAUCCAACUACAGUAGUCUGCCCAGUAAUUGAUGUGAUCGAUGACAAUACAUUCGAAUAUCAUCAUUCAAAAGCCUACUUCACAAGUGUCGGUGGAUUCGAUUGGGGACUUCAAUUCAAUUGGCACUCGAUUCCGGAGAGAGAUCGCAAGAAUCGAACACGUCCAAUCGAUCCAGUACGAUCACCUACGAUGGCUGGUGGUCUCUUCUCGAUUGAUAAGAAAUAUUUCGAAAAACUCGGAACUUAUGAUCCUGGAUUCGAUAUUUGGGGAGGAGAGAACUUGGAGCUGUCCUUUAAAAUCUGGAUGUGUGGAGGUACACUGGAAAUCGUGCCAUGCUCUCACGUUGGACACGUCUUCCGUAAGCGUUCACCGUACAAAUGGAGAACUGGAGUCAAUGUGCUGAAAAGAAAUUCGAUUCGUCUGGCUGAAGUUUGGCUCGAUGAUUAUAAAACAUACUAUUACGAGAGAAUCAAUAAUCAAUUGGGUGAUUUCGGAGACAUUUCCUCUCGUAAAAAGCUUCGUGAAGAUCUUGGCUGUAAAUCAUUCAAAUGGUAUUUGGAUAAUAUUUACCCGGAACUUUUUGUCCCUGGAGAAUCUGUUGCCAAAGGAGAGGUGCGCAACAGUGCGGUGCAACCCGCACGAUGUCUCGAUUGCAUGGUAGGCCGGCACGAAAAGAAUCGUCCCGUCGGUACGUACCAGUGUCACGGUCAGGGCGGAAAUCAGUACUGGAUGCUGUCGAAAGACGGAGAAAUUCGACGAGACGAAUCGUGUGUUGAUUAUGCCGGUUCUGAUGUUAUGGUAUUCCCAUGUCAUGGAAUGAAGGGAAAUCAAGAAUGGCGGUACAAUCAUGAUACUGGCCGACUCCAGCACGCUGUCUCACAAAAAUGCCUAGGCAUGACAAAGGAUGGGGCGAAGCUUGAGAUGGUCGCCUGCCAGUAUGAUGAUCCUUAUCAACACUGGAAAUUCAAGGAAUACAAUGAAGCAAAGGCCAUCGAGCAUGGAGCCAAACCGCCGAGCUAAUUAUUUUUUUUUAUUUUCAAAUUUUUUCAAAAAAAAGUUUAGUUGUUCUCAUUUCUUCCCUCCAUUUGCUCCUCUAGUAUUCUUUUCUCGAUAUGGGUAUUGAUUUUUUUCGCAAAAAAUAUUGAAAUUUUUAUUAAUUAAUUUAUUUUUCUAUUGCCUCCCCUCCCCUCCUUCAGUUUUUUUUCAGAUUUCUAAAAAGUCGACGGCUUUAAUUUUUUUUUCUUCAUCUUGUUUUAUGAUGUUUCCUCUGUGAUACCCCCUGACAACAAUUCCUGCAUUUCUUUCGAUUUUCACUUUUUCCAUGUAAUUCCACUUUUUUUUCUGGGUAUAUGCUCUUGAACUGUUUUAUCACUUUUUCUCCCCGCGCGCAUCCACACAUCCAAUCCUUGUGAUAUUUAUGAACAAUUUCUGGUUUAAUUUUUCAAAAUAAAAACUAUUGUUA